CUUGGUUUUAACGUAAUUCGCGACCGUGAAAAGGGAAGUUGGCGUUUGCGCGAUGGGGUUGGUUGGUUUUGGUUUUGGUUUUACCCAGUUGGGGCGGCGUCGUUGUUUUGCUGGGGAAGCAGUUGGGUUUGGGGUUCUCUCGUGCGUUUCGGGGGGAAGAUCAGUCGCUUGUGUUGUGGUCGUGUGUCAUGUGAUUCGAUUGGUUCGUCCGGAGCGGGGACGAGUGAUGAUUGGAAAACGGAAAACUCGGAUGGGUUCUGGGCUGCCGGCUCUGGGAUUUGUUCGCUCGGGCCCAGAACAUUUCUGGUAUCCAGCUUGAAGCAAUUUAACGAUAAGGGCAAUAAGCUAUGGAGUGAAUGAAACAAAAAAUGGGAAUGAUACUCAUUUGUUCGGAUGAACUUGAUUUGCGCGUGGUGUAUUACGUACAAGGAACUUUCUUUUCGUUUGCUUCUUUUUGGGGACCAGGAUACCUGGAUCUUUCUUGGCCGUCUAGUCUUUUCCAUCUUCUGUUUGUGUUUGAACUUGAAGAGCUAAUGUCUAAAGUUCUGCCAAAGCCGCUGGAAUGAUCUGGAUAUUAUUAGAUCAUUUUGUGAAUGCAAUUCAAUGGUGAAGUGCCAGUUUGCUGCUGAGACGCCCUGUUUUCGUCCCUUUUUUGAGAAAGAGGGCUAUGAUAAAGUGGCUAAUUUCAUCUUGCUGUUGUGGAUAGACCUCGGGCUAAGUUUGGUGCAACUACAGCUAUCUGGUUAUGAAGUGCUUUUCUUCAUUUUUCAAAAGAGGAACGCUACCCCAGCUAGAAGACCAGAUCAAAGUAAUGUAGAACUCGAUGAAGAUGUUUCAUCCAUCCAAAACAUUAAAAUGUACACAUAUAAAGAGUUGCGUGUGGCAACUGAAGGCUUUAGUCCAGACAAUAAAGUUGGAGAGGGAGGUUUUGGAUCUGUUUACAAGGGAACUCUUAAAGACGGUACCUUAGUUGCUAUAAAGGUAUUGUCCUCUGAGUCACGACAGGGAGUGCGGGAGUUCUUGAAUGAGAUAAAAGUAAUCGCAGACAUAGAACACGACAAUUUGGUCAAGUUAUAUGGCUGUUGCGUGGAUGGAAAGCAGAGAAUUUUGGUAUAUGGGUAUCUUGAGAAUAACAGCCUUGCACAAACACUUUUAGGUGGAGGCCACAGUAGCAUCCAAUUCAAUUGGCAUGCAAGACGUGAAAUUUGUGUUGGCAUUGCAAAAGGGCUCGCAUACCUUCACGAGGAAGUUCAACCGCAUAUUGUCCACAGAGAUAUUAAAGCAAGUAAUGUCCUCCUUGAUAGAUACCUCAAGCCCAAGAUUUCGGAUUUUGGUCUUGCUAAGCUUUUCCCUCCAAACAUGACUCAUGUGAGCACACGUGUCGCAGGAACAGCAGGUUAUCUGGCACCCGAGUAUGCCAUACGAGGUCACUUGAAUAGAAAAGCAGAUGUCUAUAGUUUUGGUGUUUUAGUCACGGAAAUUGUCAGUGGGAGAAGCAACACAAACAGAAAGUUACCAGCUGAAGAGCGUUAUCUUCUUGAAAAAGCGUGGAAACUGCAUGAAAGGGGAGAGUUGGCGCAGUUGGCGGAUGCAUCACUGGACGGUGACUGUGACGUUGAGGAGGUCUGUAAAUACUUGAAGGUGGGUCUUCUCUGCACACAGGACAUGCCAAAGCUACGGCCGACCAUGACGACUGUGGUCAAAAUGCUAACUGGGGAGAUAGAUGUUAAUGCGGAGAAGAUUUCAAGACCAGGGUUGCUUUCGGAGUUCAUGGGCAUUAAAGUUGACCUCGGCCAUACAAGCACAGCGGACAAGCCGAACAUUGGCGACACGUCUGACUCAGCAGGCACCGCAAGGCUGUGUAACACGUCUGACUCUUCAGGAGACAUAACCACUUCAUAUGCUACAAUGACCUUCAAUUCGAUAUAUGACCGGAGUAACUGAGAAUGGCCACGAGGAUAUGAUAACAUCCCGAUCGUUAGACCAUAUAGAUCUUUCAUGGAGUUCGAAUAGCACACUCCAAAGUGACGUCAUUUUCAUUUUGCUGAUGCGAGAAUUCUCCGACCAUGUAAAUCCUUUUCAAAUUCUUUUCAUUUUUUGUUUGGUUCUCCAAGCCGAGUUGUAUGAUGAUUACCAUCCAAAAUUUUUCUGACUGUCCUGAAUAUAUGAUCUGACUAUUCUUUGUGAAGUACAAACAUGCUUUAUGA